AUGAUAGGUUUAAAGAAGUAUAUCUUUUGGUUUGUGCUUCUGGCAGUUGGUAUCGGGGGCGACCCUGUCAAAGUGAAGCUCCCAUCCGACCGGUUCCAUUAUGACCGAAGUAAGGCCAAAGGACCGCUAAUACGGGGGAGCAUAGUUACACGAGCACAAACGCGCCCUUAUACACCUCCAGAUGAUAAGCCAAACAAAAUAGACGAGGCAGAAGCGGUGGGCAAAACCGUACCUGAGGGACAUGGUACUGUUGAUGCCCAAGCAAAAGCCUACAAGGCUCCAGAGCCGGUGAAGGAAUCUCCGCCAAUGUGUAAAGUCAAAAGCUUCUAUCCAUAUAACAAAUCGCCUGUCAUAGAAAUCAAAGGCAUUGAUGGGUUGUUUAACUCAAUUUUGGUUGGAUAUCAGGACCCAGAAAGUUCAACACGUGAAAAUAAGGGAAGCGUCUUCGGUUGGAGCACAACCAUCGACAGCGUUUUGGGACGUAGAGUGCCCUUCACUUUUAACUUCAACUACGCGCCAAUAACCCCGAUUUUACACCCUACAUCCUACUGCGCACUGAUAAUACAACCGCCUUUCGAGGUAAAUUCACACGCUCUGCGAGCAUUCACGUUACCACCGAGACAUAUAGGUCGUUCCUUGGAAUCUACCGAGGGUUUCGAAAAGUAUCUAAAAGAUAAGAAAAGUAAGGUGGUAACAUCUUGUUGUUUCGUUGUUCAUCCAAGACAUACUGUCGAAGGAACCUCCAAAGUCAAACGACCAGCGGCAAGUAGCGCUGAAUCUUAG